AAUAUUCUCCUCGUAAUGUUGCCCACCUUGGUCGAGCCGCGUUUGUCUGCGCAGUUGACCAGAGUCAAUGGAUUCUUCUGAUUUUGGGCAUAGAAGAAAUUUUCAAGAGGCAUGUGUGUACGAAAUGUUUUAAAUUUCGCAGUAAGCGAAGAAUUAUUUACUCACCAAUAAACACACGAAUUAGGCAUAAACACAAGUUUAUCAUUAAAGCGAAUACCGUCACCAUUUCAAGAUAUGGAUUUUAAUUUUUCAGGGUUGUGAAUUUGUCUUCACAUUACUACUUUUUUUGGACAUACGUGUUUUCGGCGAUCGGAAAACUGGCCGUGUCAUUAAGUUGGUCGCUUCCCUCCGUGAGAGGAAAAUGCCAGAAAAUGUUCAGAAUUACAACUCGAUGAAAUGCGGUGUUGAAGCCUGGUAACUAAAAUUAAUCAUCAUGGAUGUCUUGAACAAACUUUGUUCUACUGUUAGUAGCACAGUAUCACAGCUGUCAAGCGUUCUACCAGGAAACCCAGUGACUCGAGAAUUUGAAGCCACCUGUCAUAUUGCCAGUGCUGGUCCAGGUUUACUAUGGAAGAUAUACCAAGGAUAUAAGAAGUCCACUAAACAAGAGGCAGCUAUCUUUGUCUUUGAAAAACGCCAGUUAGAAAGAUGGCCCCGCAGUGAUAGAGAGGCUAUGUUGGAAAUGUUGCGAAGGGGUGUCUCACAGCUGACUAGACUAAGGCAUCCUCAGAUUCUAAUUGUUCAGCAUCCAUUAGAAGAAUCUAGGGAAAGCCUGGCAUUUGCUACAGAGCCUGUGUUUGCCAGUCUUGCUAAUAUCGUAGGCUUCACAGAGAAUAUGCCUUCUCCUCAACCUUCACAACUUAAAAAUUACAAUUUGUUUGAAGUAGAAAUCAAGUAUGGUCUCCUGCAGGUAGGGGAGGGAAUGGCUUUCCUUCACAGUGAUGUGAAACUCUUGCAUCAUAAUAUCUGCCCUGAGGUGAUUGUGGUCAACCAGCAAGGUGCAUGGAAGAUAUUUGGCUUUGACUUCUGCAUAAACAACUGUAACACACAAGACUCACGGCCAUACUGGCCUUUUGUAGAAUACAGCCCCACACUGCAUCCAACGGCUCAACCAUGUCUUGAUUACUUGGCUCCUGAAUGUGCCCUGACCCUUAGUCACUCUCCAGCCAGCGACAUGUUUUCCCUUGGAAUGCUCAUCUUCGCUCUGCACAAUUCAGGUCAGCCUCUCUACAACAAUAAAGGAGACUGGAGCUCUUACAAAAGGAAUGCGUGUGAGCUGAAGCAGCUGCAAGCAGCGCGAUUACUUUGUGUAACAGAUGGACUGCGAGACUAUGUCAAAAUGAUGUUGAAUGUUACACCAGAAUUGAGGCCUGAUGCUCAUCAAUUUACCAAGAUUGAAUUUUUUGAAGAUGUGGGGGUGAAGACUCUUAAUUAUUUGGAUUCUUUAUUUCAAUGGGAUAAUCUUCAGAAGUCUCGGUUCUACAAGGGUUUGCCACAGAUUAUACAAAAUCUGCCACACCGAGUCUGUAUAUAUAGAAUACUUCCAUGUCUGAUGAAGGAAUUUGUGAAUCCAACAAUGGUUCCAUUUGUUUUACCAAAUAUACUGUUAGUGACACAGAACUGCAGCAAGGAGGAAUAUUCACAACACAUCCUUCCACACCUAAAGCCUGUGAUGAAGAUGCAGGAUCCUAUCCAGAUUUUGUUGAUAUUUAUGCAAAAAAUGGAACUUCUCUUAAAAUUGACACCAGCAGAAGAGAUUAAAACUGAUGUACUACCAAUGUUGUACCGGGCACUUGAGUCAGAUGCUCAGCAGAUUCAGGAGCUUUGUCUGUCUGUUCUACCAACAUUUGCAGGACUCAUUGAUUAUCCAGCCAUGAAAAAUGCCUUGUUGCCACGUAUCAAGCGCCUUUGUAUUGCUACUUCCUACAUCUCAGUGCGUGUGAACUGUCUGGUAUGUGUUGGCAAGUUGCUGGAGCACCUAGACAAGUGGUUAGUUUUGGAUGAAGUACUUCCAUUUCUGCCUCAGAUCCCUUCCAGAGAACCUGCUGUGUUAAUGGGAAUACUUGGGAUCUACAAAUUGGCAUUAACACAUAAGAAGCUUGGCAUUACAAAAGAACUGAUGGCUACUAGAAUCCUCCCAUUUCUAAUGCCAUUAAGUAUAGAGAAUGGACUGACACUGAAUCAGUUCAAUGCUCUAAUGACUGUGAUUAAAGAUAUGGUAAGCCGAGUGGAAGGAGAACAUCUGCCCGACAUAGGAAAUUUGUUAGGAGGAGUAAUAAAUAUGCAGUUAUUUUGCUGUAGGUCUGUUCCUCUGAAUCUUACUUCCAACAACAGUCAAUCUCAGCUAGUUCCUACUCCACAGCCUCAGUCGGAGCUGGACCAGAUGUUUUCAGGUCUAGGGUUGGACGUCUUCACAGGAGGGAAAGAAACAGAUACAACUCCAAACACUCGUCAAAUCAAUGGGAUUGCUAAUGCUAAUAUUUCACUUAAUUUAGAAGAUAAACAAAGGUUGACAAGGCAACAGGAGGCUCAGCAAAGAUUGCAAGCUCAGCCCAUACUCAGUCCAUCUACUCCAGCACAGAGUAAAACACAGACUCAAGUAAAGGAUCUAACAUCCACAUUAGUUGAAAACAAUUUAAACCAGACAAAAUAUACUUGGCCACCCCUACAGACAGGAGACCAAGUGGGAGGAACUGGGUGGCAGAAUACUGUCAGGCCUGCAGCUUCUCCACAAGGCUUUGGUGCCUUUCAACCAGCUCCUGUGGCUACUCACUGGCAGUGGCAGUCACCACCUGCACCUUGCGCAUCAUCCCAGCAGCCUGUGUUCACAGGCUCACAUCAGACAAGUUCCCUUGAUUCGCUUCUUCCGGCUACAACUAAGCUUCCAAUGAACAGAAUGCAGACACCGCUGCAGCAGCCUCUCGUAAUGAUGUCACCAUUCCAGCAGUCAAAACCGCAGCAGACUAAAGUACUCUCUUCCUCUGAAAUCAAUGACUUCCUUAGCUAGUGUAUAUUCUUAGCUUACUGUGGCCUGUGUUCAGGUUUUAAAGGGCUUUUAGAACCAGAUUGGCACAGAACCAGAACUUGUGCAAAGUAAGUGCAGGUAUCAUUACCGGUAUACCAACCCUAUUGCCUGUCUUUUCAUAGUGAAUAGUGGGAAACAGAAUUGGCUGUAACAAACUGCAGAUUGUCUUUGACUCUAUCUGCUUGUCUUUGUCCAGAAUAGUGCUAUGUUUAAAGGAUUCUUUAUUGUCGACCACUUGUAUUUUAAUUUAAUUCUUUACCGACUGGCUAUGGACUGGACGACCAGGUUUUGAUCCCUGACAGGGGUGGAGGAUCUUUCCUCUAGCCUCUGUGUCCAGAUUGGUUCUGGGGCCCACCGGGCC